AUGACUCACGUAGGGUUGUUGGCGUGUUAUGCUGGCCUUCUCGCCAGUGCCGCCGCACCACACUUCUCAUUGGCGCUUUCCCUUCGUUCUGGCACAGCAACGUCUCAGCAAAGCAGCCUCCGCACAAAUAUAGUUGUAGCCGACCAAGAUUCACCAGUUACGGCGCCCACAGCAGCUGACAAAACUGAUGAUUGCCUGACCAUCAUAAACAAGCUGAGAAGCGAAAAUCUCAAGGACCUGUUGGGAAGCGUUACCAAGGCAGUGGAAAACGAAGUGACUGAAAGCCUGAAGAAAAUCGGAAAAACGGAUACGCAAAACCUCACUUCCGCGACAAUUGCAGUGAAACUCGCGGGCAGCGAUAUCGAAAGCUGUGAAUCGGGCAAGAGCGCAAACGCGACGACGUAUCCCGGACUCGUCAUUCCAUUCACGCAUUCCACAAAUUUCGACUGCGACGCUUUGAUCCAGGCGACUUACACAGCCGGACUCGAGCACCUCAAACAAUCGAACUUCGAGCCAUCGACAGGAACGUAUGAUGCAACAAAUGCUCCAUUUAAUAACGUAAACGCCAGCAAUGUGGCCUUUCUGCUAUCGGCGGAAAGCACAAAGGUCUCAUGUGCCGCCACCAACAACUGCAAAGCUGGCUACAACGUUUUAUUCUGCUACUUCAUAGAUCCACUUCAAGCUGGACAAAAGCCUUUCACAACUGAGCUUUACAAUGCCCUCUGGGGAUUGGAAGCAGGCGCAGCGUCCAUCUCAGUUCCCAGCGUCUCCACCGUUCUUUUGGUCCUCGCUCUGAUCAUUCGCACUUGA